CAAUAAAUGGAAUUCAAAAUGAUAGUACAGUUAAUCUAGACUGACAGUUGCAGCACAGCGGUUGCAUAUAGUCUGAGUCUGUGAAAUGCUGCGUCAAUCCGAACAUUUAAAAUGUCGCCGAAGGCAAGCGCUUGCCAUUUUCAGCUUUAUUGUUAUCUUCUACAUUGAUUUUUCUUGUGCCGACAACCUCAACAAUAAUGCUGAAGAUCCGGCAAUUCCAGUUACUAAUCUCCUCCGCAAACUGGCUCCAUUGAAGCUUGUCGGCGAAAUUCGUAACACAGCCGCUGGUAUGGGUCAUGGUAUCACCAAGUCCCUUAAAGAGCCUGGACAAAGGGAUUUGGAUAAUUUAGAGAACUUGAUAAACGCUGCCAAUCAGAAAAGCUCAGAAAAACCUAUAGUUUCCGACAAUAAUGGUUACGCUGUGCAAUCUGAUGAUGUCCAAUCGGAUAGUGUGUCAUAUCAAUAUAUGCAAAGACCUCUUUCUACUAGAAGGAUAGGUAAUUUUUAUCGAUUUGGUGGCAGUGGUUAAGGUAUUUCCAAGCUGUUCUGGAAUCCAGUAAAUUUAACUGUUUAAAUAAAAAUAUAACUAUGCAAUAA